UAUCAUAAUUUAGUAGUUAUUAAAAAAUAGUCGAGCAUAGAAGUUGCAAAUUUUGAAUUCAAUAAAUAUUUUUGCAUUUUAAAACAAUAUAAAAACAUGAGGUCAUUAUUUUUUACGCUGAUCACUUUGGCUUUAAUUAUAACAUUAAAUACAUUUUUGACACAAGCGACUCCUAUUUUUCAAAAAGGAGGAGGUUGUGGGAAUAGAUGCGGUGGUGGUAAAUUUGGUGGACAUGGUGGACAUGGUGGAGGAGGUUUAGGUGGAGGUUUUGGAGGUGGAUUUGGUGGAGGCGGUGGUUUUGGUGGAGGCUUUGGCGGCGGCGGUGGCGGUGGUGGUGGAUUUGGCGGAGGUGGAGGUUUUGGAAAAGGUGGAGGUUUCGGAGGAGGAGGUGGAUUUGGUGGUGGUGGUGGUGGUGGAGGCCUUGGAAAAGGAGGUGGUUUUGGACACAAACCACGAGGUGGUGGCGGCUGUGGACACGGAUGUGGUUAUGGUCGUUAAUUUUAUUAAUUGAUUAUGCAUUAAUUUUAUUUUAUGAACUAAAAAUAACAGUGAAAUAAUUAAAAUAAAUAUUAACAAAUUGAACAUCAGUGGAAAUAACAUUGAGUAAAUUUUAGUGAAUUAUAAAUAUUGAAAUAUUAUUGCUAUUGUACAUCAAAUUUAUAUAAAAAUUUUAAGUACAGAGUGCUGUUCGUUUCCAAGUUUUUGCUACAAUAAAAACAAUUUAAAUUAUAAUUAAAA